CCUUACUCUUAUCUGAAACAUGUUCGAGUUGCUCACGCGCCACUCAUCUGCAACUUGCUUGCUGUCGAGUCGAAUUCGUGCGAUGUUCUACGAGAUUCACUUAUUUAUUUAGUCAAUGUUGAUAUUAACUAGGAAUAUAUUGCUGUGGCGGUAGAAAACGCGACACGUAUCGUGCGUAGGUGGAAUAUUCUGAACACGUUUUAAUUACAUAACUGAUAUAAGACCAUUCUCGUGGGCGGAUAAUCGAAGAAUAUUCUUUUAUCAAAGUCUUGAUCAUCGAUGUGGAUGGAAUGUUGGAGAAAUCACAUUUUAUAAGAACGCGUUUUUCUGUAUUAAGUUUCUCUAAACAGAGAGUGAAUUUUAUGCAAAUUCAUAUUUUUAAAAGAUCCAAACGCAAAUUUGCAUUUAAUCCUCUAAAUAUUUAAUCUGAAAGUUUUAUUUUUUGCAUAUUUAAAUUUUCCACAAAUGCAUAAAUAUCGUAAUCCACUUGGAAAACAGCAACGGGAAAAGAUCAACAAAAAAAUUUAAUUUAUCAGAUGGCCGACGUCGCCGAAAACGCAGCCUUCACUGAUGCAGCGACUGCGAUCUCCCAUGGUAAACGGCAUCUCCUAGUCCGGGACUACACCAUGGCUGUAACCGCAUUAGCACAAGCAUGUCAACUGCUUGCCGAGAAACACGGAGAUACCGCGGACGAACUUGGCGAGCCUUAUUUGCUUUAUGGUCGGGCUCUUCUUGGUUUAGCGAGAGAGGAGGCUGGAGUGUUGGGUGGCGGAGUGCCGGGCACAGAAGAAACUGAAGAAGACGAUGAAGAGGACGAGGAGGAGGCUGAAGACGAGAAAUUGAGCAACGUUGACGAGAAGGAAGAAGAGGAGACUGAAGAGCACACGGACAAUGGAGCAGUCAACGAAGCAAAAGAGAAAACCGCCACUGAAAACAAAACUGAAGAAUCGGAAGCUGAACAGGAACUGAAGAAACCGGAAGUUGAGAAAAAAGAAGAGAAAGUAGAAACGAGCAGUGAAAAGAACGAAACAGAAAAAUCAGACUCUGAUAAGACUGAAGAUAGUAAAACGACGAAAGAAACGGUCGAAAAACCAAAAGAAGAUGAGAAACCUGCGGCUGACUCCAGUAAAGAUACAAGUAAUGCUAAUGGACCUUCUUGUUCAACUGAACAGAAUGGGGUUGUCGAGGAAAAUGGAGAAAAUGAUGGUGAGGACAUAGAAAAGGAAGACGAAGAGGAUGAAGUCAACAAUCUACAGGUUGCCUGGGAAGUGUUAGAACUAGCGAAACUGGUGCUAUUAAAGCGUGGUGAAUCUGGUUGGAAGUUACUGUCCGAUGCUUAUCGACUCUUAGGAGAAGUGGCCAUGGAAGGAGGGAACUUUCAGGGUGCUUUAAACGAUCUACAUCGAUGUCUGGAACUUCUGCAACAGAUUGAGCCGCGAGAGCCAAGGGCGAUAGCCGAAAUCCAUUAUCAGCUUGCAUUAGCUCACUCCUUAGGCAACGAAUUUGACGCAAGUAUCGAAGAAUUUAACAAAGCUACGGAAUUGCUGGAUUCGCGUAUCAAAGAUUUGGAACAAAUGAAAGAACCUCCCAAAACGGACGAUUCCUUCUAUACGGUAGAAGGGGAAAUUCAAGAACUGAAAGAGUUACUCCCAGAGAUCCAAGAGAAAAUCUCAGAUAUGAAAGACUUUAAACAGGAAGCUUGCAAACUCGUCAUAGAGGGUAUCAAGAACAAAGUAGCUGGUGGCUGUUCGAAUGGUGCCGGACCAAGUGGUAGCAAUGAUUCCGCACCUAAAGUUCAAAAACCUGCUAGUGAUAUAUCUCAUUUGGUGCGUAAGAAACGGAAAGCCGAAGAGUCAGAGACAGAGAUUAUAUCAUCAUGCAAAAAGCCGACGCCGGAAAAAGCUGUUUGAAUGAGUUUGGUGCAUCUAAAAUGUUCUUGGUACCUUGUUGCUUCGUUUAGCGAGGUGAAAAUUUGAGGGAAAAAUUUUUAUCGAAGAUGGAAUUUUUAGCGUUGGACCAAAAUAAAAUAAAAAUUGGUCAUCCCACUGAAAAGACUUUGUAUACCAGAAAAGAUGUUUUAAUAGGAAUGAAUAGAAUAUACUAAUUUGAUUCUAUCUCUUUUGUUCGAUGAUUACAGUUCAUGUAUUGUUUGAAAAUCUAUGUAUCUUAUUUCUUUCUUUUCCUCGCUAUUUCUGUAAUUCAUGUAUUUAUUCUAUACCUAAUAAGGAAUUUGCAUCAAAUAAGUUGAUUAUUACAUCCAAAUUAUAAUAAUUUUUUACCUCUUAUUUUCUAGGACAUAUUAAAACAUUAAAACAUAAGGCUGUUUAUGUAUAAGUCAUACUAAUAAACGUUGAAUGCUGA